AUGGAAAUAUCAGGAACAGAGUGCCAAGCAACUUGUUUCAAAAACUCCUUUUACACAUUUUCGAAAAGCGGAAGAGAGAAUGUUUACAACUGGUUUGACUGCUUGUUCCAGGGAGGUUCCUUAGUCUCUAUCGAAACUGAAGAAGAAUGGCAAUUUAUCAGUCAUGAGAUUAAAAAGCGUGGUACUUGGAAUACUAGUGCAUGGCACAUUGGUUUAUGGAAGAGAGGCGGGGUUUGGAUUUGGAAGAGUGGAGAACAGCUGAAUAUUUCGAAAUGGCGAGAUUCUGAGCCAGAUGGUAACGACGAUUGCGCGGAAAUAUCCAGGAAUGGAGGCCUCUUUAGUGGUAUCCCUUGCUCUUAUAAAAACGCCUUCAUUUGCGAGAUGCCCGGAGAAUGCCCGAAUUUAACUUUUAAACACUCUUCGUACAUAAUUUCGUUAAGUGGAGAGUCCUGGCGCUCGAACAGAGGUGCUUGCCAAAGACAAGGAGGGGACCUAGUUUCCAUUGAAACCGAAGAGGAAUGGAAUUUCAUCAAUAACGAGAUUCAAAAGCGGAAUGCUGCGCACUAUCAAAAUAAAUGGAGUGUUGGUUUAAAAAAAAUUGCCGGAAAUUGGACCUGGGUGAGUGGAAGACCGCUGAUUAUUUGCAAAUGGGGACAAGGGGAGCCAAGUGGUAAAUACGACGCGGCUUUCAUAUACAAGCGGUCCAGUAAUGGCGAACGGGGCGUGUUUGGUAGUGCUGAUAGUAGAAUUAAGGAAAACUGGCUCGCUUUUGUUUGUGAGAUUUCGAAGAUUGGCAAAAGAAUUGACCUUGUGGCGGUCAUUUCCGGUGGCGCAGAAGUAACAAGAGGGCUCCUCAGAAACAUCACAUUGAAUGCUUCUCUGUCAUAUGACCCAGAAGUUGCACAUGGCAACCGAUUAGGAAUGAAAUUCACCUGGCAUUAUGGCAAAGUCGCAGGAAAUCCCUCCAGCAAAAAAACGGAGGCGAAAGUGGAGAAAGAUGUCUUCACGGCAGUAAACGAGUCUGCCAUUCAUUAUUAUGGAAAAGCAUCUGGCGAACAAAUUUCCUUAAACGCCAAAGCUUUGUCUGUUAAUCAGACCUACAUAGUUAAAUUGGUAGUGACCAAGGACAGUCGUAUUUCCACCGUUUAUCAGGUUAUCCAUUUGAUAGAAGGAGACCCCCCAGAAAUAUAUCAAAGAUGUUUCUUUAACUGUCAACCUAAAGUGAGUCCCUUGGUCAAACUUAGUAUCAAAUCACAAUGUCGCGGAUUACAGUGCUCUAAAAUAUCAUCCUAUAAGUGGAGGCUCUACCAGCAUUUCAAGCGAAACACCUCCUUUACUUGGCAAAGGAAACAUAAUUUACGACUCGUCACAAGUACACCGCUGAAUUCAAGUGACAUUGUUAUCAAAGGAGGUUCCCUUACUGGUGGAAAUAUGUACCGCUUGGCACUAUUCAUAACAAUUACGGACGGUUUAUGGGGAGUGAGUGCUUACGAUUUUUCUACCGCAAGACCCCCUACAGGUGGUAACUGCUCGAUCACUCCGCCAAGCGGCAUCUCACUGAAGACCGAUUUCAAUCUGAGCUGUAGCAACUGGAGAAGUGACAACACCCCUCUGUCGUACCUGUUUCAGUACAGGCUAGAGAACGGGUUGUACAGUGUGUUAUAUCGUGGCGUUAACAACAACAUAAGUACCUCAUGGAUACCACCUGGGAACAAUACAGAUAAUUUUACUGUCAAAGUUAUCGCUACAGUGACUGACAAUUUUGGAAUUUCUACCUCCCUAAUCUCUUUGACAGUUCAGAUCAAGCCAUCUCAGAACAGAAGCCUUCUAAUGGCAAAGGGCAGUACAUUUCAGAAAUUCAUCGAGAUCGGAAACCUGAAAGAAGCGGCGCUAAUAGCAAACUCAUUCCUGCGAUCAGUUUCACAAGAAACCUCAAUGGGUUUUCAGGAGAGAUACAAGGUUAUGAACUACAUCCUUGAAAACAUUUCGCCCUUGGACGCGAAAACUGCCACAGACCUUCUCCGAAAAUCUUCGGUUAUCGAUUCUGCUCUUCAGGUUCUGGAGGAAGUGCCCCACCAGUCUCUGGUAAGUGAAAAUUUCUCCUUAUCUGCUAUCAGUUCAAUGACGUCACUCCUAUGGUCUAUCGCCCAGAAACGAGACGUAGCAGACAUAUCGCUGACAAAGCAAUCAGCAGAAAACUUGGCUUCAUGUCUUAAUACCGUGUUGAAGGUAGCAGCAGUGACUGCAUCAGAAGACUCCAAGUCAAGUUUUCAACAACAGGGUAAACUACUGGUGAAGAUUUCAAUGAAGACCCUCGAGAAAGUUGCAGACUCAGUGUUGGCCUUGACAGUACCUGAUGAAAGAACGAUAUCAUUCACGGCAGGACAACUAUCCAUGACACUCGGAAGAUACAGCCUUCAUAGACUUUCAGGACUGAAAAUAAAAGCAGGAAAAGGCCGGUUUAUUUUACCGUCUAAAAGCCAAUUGUUACUCUCUGGAGUAAACAAAACAAGUUUUGUAAAUGUUCAGAUGCUCUCAUUUUCUUUCAACCCUUACACUUGGGACGGCACCAAGGAACGAGUUGGCUCUGAUGUUGUAAGCCUGCACUUGAAAAAUAAUGACAGCGAGCCUAUUAAAGUAUCGAAUCUCACGGAAGACAUUGUUAUCGUUACGCCUUUAAAACUUCAGAAAAUCUCUGCUUCAGAAAAGUCAUGGUAUUUCACAAAGAACGAUGAUCUACGUUUCCACGAGAUAAACGUCAAGUAUGAAAACACCCUGCUGAUGCUGGAAAUCAAACCUCAAGAUCCAACCGUACAUCUGUUUGUCUAUAUGCGUUUUGGUCAGCGACCGACAACUCAAAACUACGACUUCAAUGCUACUAUCUCUCAUGACGAAAAAUGUGUUUGGAUGAUAAGCACACAUGGCAAAAGUAACGGACAAACGGUCUGCUCCUUGAAUCCACAUGCACCGAUACAAGUUCUGGCUGAGCGUCCUGGGAAAUACUUACUCGGCUUAAAAAAUUAUAAUGCCACAGUGAACUUAUCUCACACAAGGGAGAAAAGAUCUUGUAUUGGUGGAAGGCGAAGGAAGCGCUCCUGCGUCGAAGUCAAAGAUCCACAACCCGCCCCACCCCAGAGUGAAAAUGUCCCUGUGAUGCCUGUUUAUGAUUCCACAACAGACCAGAACUACACUCUGAAGGUGACCUUGGGUAGUUGUGUUUACUGGUCAGAAACAAGUGACAUGUGGAUAUCAUCUGGUUGCCGAGUUUUAGCAGAAUCAGAUGGAUUUUUAAACUGUAGCUGUAGCCACUUGACGUCAUUUGGGGGAAGUCUCUUAGUUGAACCGAAUCCCAUUGACUUCGACAAGGUUUUAGUCGAGUUCCAACAGUUAUCAGAAACUGGAAAUAUCGCAGUUAUUGUGGUUAUUGCGGUGAUUCUAUUAUGUUAUGUGACUGUGAUUAUUAUCGUAAGGAAAUUCGACGAGGAAGACGCGAAAAAUAGGGAAUUACCGAUCCAACUUCCAUCAUCUUCAAGCUGCACCUAUGAAUAUAAUAUAGUGAUUACUUCAGGGGCUUGGAAAAACUCAGGCACGACUGCUCAUGUUGCUUUGGAGAUUUACGGUUCUGAUGGAAAGAGUGGCAUUCUUCAGCUUAGCCAAGAAGAACCUGGUGCAGUGAAUACGUUAUUCUCACGAGGUAAUUCAGAUGUUUUUGUACUUUAUGUUAACAAAUCACUUGGUGCGAUUCAAGGAGUGCAGAUUGGACAUGAUAAUUUUGGAGAUAGUCCCUCGUGGUACCUAGAAGAAAUCCUGAUUCGGGACGUACAAUCGAAGCAGUCGUGGAAAUUCAUGGUUAAUAAGUGGUUUGCUCUUGAGCGCGGAGAUGGGUGCAUCGAGCGAGUAAUCGACCAGACCUCAAAUAAUUUAGAUUUUGGCAAUGAAGUUGCAAGACGUUGGCGAAGAGGCCUUGCGGAGUCGCAUAUUUGGAUUUCAGUAGCAGCCAAGCUGAGAAAAAGCCGCUUUACAAGAGUACAGCGGCUGUCUUGCUGCCUCUCAGUGCUUUUGACAUCUAUGUUUGCUAACGCGAUGUUCUACAAGUUAGAGGGCAAAUAUGAACAGCCUAUCCAAGUCGGACCGCUGAAAAUGUCGUGGAGACAAGUGGUAACUGGAAUCGAAAGCGCACUUGUUGUGACACCCAUAAACAUUUUUACAGUGUUUCUGUUUCAGAAAGGAGCUGGAAAGUCUUCCACGAACAAUGACUAUUGUCUUAAAGGUACCCUGAUCUCUGGUAUCGCUUGGUGUUUGUUGUUUUUUUCUUGUACUGUUUCAGCUGCGUUUUCAAUUUUCUACAGUCUAGUUUGGGAAAAGAGUGUCAGUGAACAGUGGCUGUCUUCGAUGCUUAUCUCAUUCGCGCAGGAUGUAACAAUCAAGGAACCAGUAAAGGUGUUCUUCACAGCUUUAACAUUCGCGGCCAUUUUAAAGAUAAAGGCGAAGAGAUCAAAAGUACACGCCUGCGAAAGCCCUCAGCAAAUUAAAUCUGGGUACUUUAAGAAACAUUUUUGGGCACUGCAAUUAUCAGAGGUGGAAGAGAUGAGGAGACGACAAGCUAAGAAACAGAACCUGACACGUUAUUUCACAGAGUUAGGUUUAUACUUGGUCUUCGUUUUCUUGCUUAUGGCAGUAUGCUAUGGAAACAGAAAUGACCAUCGGUACUUGAUGACGAAAUCAAUCCGAGAUGGACUACCAAACUUUGGCAAAGUGACAAACAAUACAAUGUACUGGAGCUGGUUACAGCGUGUUUUCAUCCCAGGAGUGUUUUCCGGUAGAUGGUACAACGGUCAAAGGGAUGAGCAAACAAUUUAUAUUGGUAAUAAACAAUCUCUUCUCGUCGGAAUGGCUCGAGUAAGGCAACUCAGAGUGAAAGCGACGAAAUGUAAAGUCCUAAACUAUUUGUGUUUCAAGGGAUACUCGACAAAGAACGAAGACAAGACCGCCUACAACAAACCAGGCUGGAGGCCUGUGGACAGUACUGUGAGGAAUGACGAGUUACUACAACUUUGCCCGAAGCCAUGGCGAUAUCAACAUGCCGAGGAAACCGACACUAGACCCAGGUGGGGACAGUUCUCCUUUUAUGAUGGAGGAGGAUUUGUAGCAGACCUCGGGUAUGAUAACCUUACGGGGUUCAGCAUACUAACAAAUUUACAAAACAACGGUUGGCUUGACAGGCAAACCAGAGUUGUCCUGGCAGAGUUUUCCACAUAUAAUCCGUCGGUGAAUAUUUUAGGGGUUGCCACAUACUUCUAUGAAGUUGAUGCAUCUGGGCUGAAAGCAGCCUCCAUGCAAACUCAUGUUCUUUCACUUGAUUCUACGGACACGCCCUCACAUCAGUUUUAUUUGAUUUCCUUGCUUCUGUACAUUGUAUUCGUUUUUUUGUAUUUUGGAAGGGAAAUUUUCAGACUUUACAAUCAUCGUUCUCGAUAUUUCAAGUCUAUCUGGAAUUGGGUCGAGGUAUUCCAGAUUCUUUUUUCUCUGAUUGCUGUGGUGAUGUACAUAAUACGACAAAGUAAAGCCAUUUCAACCAUGGGCAAACUGCAUAAAAACAUUUAUGCAAAUCUAAGUUUCCAAGAAGCUAUCACUUGCCAAGAAGUAGAAAAUGUCGUACUGGGUAUUCUCACUUUCAUCGUCACCACCAAGCUAUUGCGAAUCAUUCGCUUCAACAACUAUGUUGCUCUAUUCUCCACAACAUUGAAGAUAUCUGCACGAUCUUUGUCAUCCUUUAGCAUCGUUUUAUUCAUUUUCUUUGUGGCAUUUUUGCACUUCGGUGUCUUGAUGUUUGGCUGUGUAUCUGAGCGCUACUCUUCGGUGCUAAAAGGAGCCUAUUUUCAACUCGAGCUAACUCUUGGUCGAGUGAAAGCUAGACCAAUCAAUGAAUUAGCACAGGCUAAUACCAUAUACGCCAAAAUAUUCGCCUUCUUAAUUCUCUUCACGCUCACUAUUCUCUGUAUGAACAUCUUUAUCGGCAUAAUCAACGAUGCUCUUUUGGACGCUAAGAACCAUGUGGGCGAAAGUGAGCUGUAUGAUCUUAUCGAUGAGAACCGUUGCUCGAGCUCAAAAGAAAGAAAAGAGUUUUUCGAUGCAAUCAGUAACAAGUUGAAACAGUCGAGAACCUCUAAAACGUCAGCAGAAGUGAAGGACAAAGAA